AUGUGUCUCGGCGAGACCCAUGCUCUCGCGGCCUUAACUAAGGUGACCUGCACCGCCUGCGCUGCACUCGGGGCGCAGGAGCUACUGCGCCGGGCAAGCAUGCACCGCGAAGACGCCAGUUGGGCUGACUUCCCGGAGCCUUUUGCCAUGCACUCUCAGGAGGACAGACCGAACCUGCGCGAUGGCAGGGUUCCGUCUGACACGGCCCAUCUGGAAGAGGCGCUCCUGACCCUCGCUAACAGCUCUGGGGACGAGGACGACGACCUCCUUCUCCACUCUAGCGCCGAUGCAACGAACAAUCUUGCUAUCCUAGCGAUAGCACAGACGAACUUGAUCGAGUCCCUUACUUCCUCCCUCGCAGAUGAUGUUUCUGCCGAGCUGAGGAAGAAUGCGGGCGCAAUCCUGCACCUCACCCAGGGGUUGGCACAGGAUUUUGGACGGAUUAUGGGCUGGAGUGUAGCCUCUCUCCGGCACUUAUGGCUAGCGAACUCGGCACUCCCUGAAGCGGACAAGGUCCCCCUCCUCGAUGCCCCAGUCUCUCUCGACGGCAGUAUUGGAGUCCUCGCCGGCUCAGAAUCGAAGCCGGCCAGGACUCUACGUCGGCCUAUCACAGAUAAGCACCAGGUCGCUGGCUCGAAUUCGACCCCGCCCCCACUUACGAGCCGGGCUUCUGCAGAUUCAGAAGCCCGUGGUCGCUGCAUCAGUGGAAUCACGAUUAUGCGCCUGUUGGGUUUAAUGGCGGCAGCAAUCGCCGUGGUUCCGUUGGGAUUGCUACGCAUGAGACCGGUGCAACUCUGGCUCAAGCGAAUGCAUUUCGAUCCAAUGAGAGACCGCGCAAAGCUGUUUCGCAUUCCGCAGUCGGUUGUGAGAGCACUCUCGCACUGGCGAGAUGGGCGAAUGCUGAGUGUCGGUGUGCCAAUGGGCGCUAUCUCCACUCAUGUCCCUGUAUACACAGACGCCUCCACCAAGGGGUGGGGGGCGGUCUGCAAUGGAAUGAUGGCGAGCGGGUUGUGGAACCCUCCUCUGCCUCAUAUCAAUGUGCUGGAGAUCACAGCAGUAUGGCUUGCAUUACAACGUUUCGAACCCCUUCUUCGGGGCAGACACGUUCUAAUCAGAAGCGACAACAAAGCGACAGUCGCUUACGUAAACCGACAGGGCGGCACCAAAUGUCCACAUCUACACCGGCUGGCGGUGAGGAUCUGGACUUGGGCAUACCCGCGAGUUCGCUCCUUACGGGCGCUCUACGUCCCGGGGCAGCUGAACUGCGGCGCAGACCUCUUGUCUCGGGGCGGUCCCUCCCCCCUAGAGUGGUGUCUUCACCCACUCGUGGUAGCGGAGGUGUGGUCACGCUUUGGGAAAGCGAGAGUGGAUUUAUUCGCCUCCCGACAGAAUGCGCAUUGCCCAUUAUGGUUUGCGAUGACAGCAACCGGCUCGCCCCCACUGGGAGUGGACGCGCUAGCCCAUUGCUGGCCCAAGGGCCUCCUUUAUGCCUUCCCUCCCUUUGGUCUGGUACCGCAGGUACUAGCCAAAGCGAGAGAGGAGAGGAAACCCCUGAUUUUGAUCGCGCCAGAUUGGCCGCACAAACAGUGGACGGCCGAUGUAGCCCUGCUGCUGACCGACGUCCCGUGGCGACUUCCCCAGCGCCGGGACCUCCUGUCUCAGGGGGCGGGGACCAUUUUUCAUCCCCACCCAAGCAGGCUGCGCCUCACGGCUUGGUGGGACUUAACGGUGGUACUAAAAGCCUUGUGCAGCCCUCCUUUCGAACCGCUGGAGAGCGUUGAGUGGAGAGCUUUGUCCCUUAAGGAUCUGACAGAGUCGUGCUGA